GUAAAAUGUAGGUGAAUCCAUUCAUUCCACUCUUUUAAUUCGUUCAAGAUGCAUAUAACAAGCGUAUUUAUUUUAGUAUUAUUUUUCCACGAAAAUCUAACAUUUUCAUGGAUGUCUGUGCUUCAAGAUCCCAAGAUUGUAAACUCUACCACAGAAAUACAGAAAGAAAUUAUUACAACAACGUCACCAGCGCCCUCUAUAAAAUGUCAAACGGCCAAAAACGUGACAGGGCUGUGCGUUUUGCGGCAAAACUGUGACUACGGCGCCACCAACAUAGACCUAACUCUGUACGCGCCUCGCUGGUACAAAAUACCGUGUAAGCCGGAUGAAGUAUGCUGCCCGGACAAAUACAUCCUAGUGCAGACUCAGGCGCAUCAACCCAGUCUUUCUGACGACUACUUUCAACUUGAUGAUGAUUAUUAGUUUGAAAUAAAUACCUGCGGAAUGUGCCAUAAAAUGUCCCAUAAUUCAUGGAUAAAAAUAAUGAAAUCGCUAAUGGAACCAUGGAUUAUGAACUACAUUAUGACCCUAUGAUAUCCCUCCCUAUAAAUGUAUAUGACACUAUUGAAAUA